AUGGCAUUCAAGUUUGUAGUCCUCGCUGCCCUCGUGGCUGUUGCCAAUGCUGGAGCCAUCGUAGCUCCCUUUGGUUACGCCGCUCCAGCUCAAUUGGCAUACGCCUCUGCUCCAGUUGGUUACGCUCAACCAAUUGCAAAAACAGUUGUGGCAAAAACUAUUGACACCGAAUUCGAUCCUCAUCCUCAAUAUAGCUACGCCUAUGAUGUCCAGGAUGGUCUGACCGGAGACUCCAAAGGCCAGCAUGAAACCCGCGAAGGAGACGUUGUCCACGGAAGCUACAACCUCCUCGAAGCUGACGGAACUCGACGAAUUGUGGAUUAUACCGCCGACCCCGUCAAUGGCUUCAACGCAGUCGUUCGUAAGGAGCCAGCUGCCGUAGCUGUCAAGGCUGUCGCUGCCGCCCCAGUUGUUAAGGCCGUCGCGCACGCUCCAGUCGCAUUUGCCGCACCUCAAUAUGCCCAAUACGCCGCUCCUGCUCUCUACGCAGCUCAUGCUCAAUACCCCCCAAUUGUCAAGACCGUCUCUCACGCUCCAAUUGUCGCUCAGCCAGCUCUUCAAUACGCUCAAUAUGCGCAUGCUCCACUCGCAUACGCCCGCAGCGUAGGCAACUGGUGCUUUGACAACUGGGGCGGCAGCGUAGCUGGCGUAUUGAGCGUACUGAGGAAUUGGGGCAGAGUAAACAGCUGGAGAAGAGUAAACAGCUGGGGCAGAGUAAACGCCUGGGCCUGCAGAAAGAGUUUUCACCACAGGUGCUGCAACGGCAGUCGAAUAAGCCAAUGGGGCACCUACUGGAGCAGUAUAACUAAAAGGCGCUCCGAUGGCUCCGGCAUGGGCAACAGCCACGAGGGCGAAUCAGAGAGUCACCUGCCACGUCCCUCUAUUCGGACGCCACCUGUUCAAGUAGCACGUCAUAAUCAGAAAGUGUUAAAAUUUGUUGAUGAGAAUGAUGAUGGAAUAUCAGGAUUAUGGUACUUUGAUGGUGCUCCUUGUGGAAUGUGUUAUGGUAACGGGAUUAUGAUGUUUGAAGCAGAUUCCUGUCGAUGGCUGCUGACUUGUAAGCAACGGAGACGUCAGGUACGGCUCCGUUAUCCACUCCUACCUCCUCGGAAAUCAACGCCACCCGCGCCCCGUGAAGGUGAUAUAAUGUACCGUAAUGAUGUUCCCAUUGGAAAAGUCGCAUCUGACGGGGUAAUUUAUGACAUUCAUAUCAAAGGUGAACCCCAAUCAGUCAGUCCUAGAGAUGGUGACACAUUGGUACUCAAUGGACGUCCUAGUAGCCGAGACCUAUUUCAGUUUGUGGUCCUCACUGGGCUCGUGGCUGUCGCCAAUGCUGGAUAUCUCGAAGCUCCCGCACCUUUGGGAUACGCCCCAGUUGGUUACGCUCAACCAAUUGCGAAAGCAGUUGUGGCUAAAACUGUUGACACUGAGUUUGACCAUCAUCCUCAAUAUAGCUACGCCUAUGAUGUCCAGGAUGGUCUGACCGGAGACUCCAAAGGCCAGCACGAAACCCGCGACGGAGACCUUGUCCAGGGCAGCUACAACUUCCUCGAAGCUGACGGCACACGUAGGAUUGUGGAUUACACUGCAGACUCUGUCAAUGGCUUCAACGCUGUCGUUCGUAAAGAACCAGCAGCCGUAGCUGUGAAGGCCGUCGCUCACGCCCCAAUUGUGGCCGCUCCCCAAUACGCUCAAUACGCCCAAUACGAGCACGCACCAGUCGCUAAGUCCUUCAUUCAACCAGCUGCUCAAUAUGCUCAAUAUUCCCAUGAUCCAGUUGAAUAUGCACCAGAGCCCCACUACGGUUACGCCGCCGCACCUGGUUACUACCACUAG